UUACUCUUGGGGGCAAGGCAGGAUUAUCACUUUCCCUAGUGCUACCUGAGAUUUGCUUUCUUGAGAGAAGUAUUUGGUUAUUUUAUCAAUUAAUCUGUAGGUCUUAAACUGUUGUUGUUUUCUUUCAGUGAAACUUUCCCUCUGAUGUCUUUCAGGUUUUUCCCUGUUAAAAUCUCAGUAAGUCUGUCUUCUUGUUGCCUUCCAUGUUCUGCUCAUCUGUUCCCUCAGCUGCUGGACUGUCUAUAAAAUGGGCAGGUUAGUGGGGCUCCUGUUGUGUAUGAUCAAUGCAAUGUCACUUUUCCUAGGAGCCAUGUUUUGGAGUAGGCUUCCUUUUAGCUGUGGUGUUCCUGGCCUGUGGGUCAGGCACCUAGUUCUGCACAGAUCUGCAAUGUGCACAGGCUCAGAGUAUGUGGGAUUCAGUUAAUGCUGUCACUUGAUUUUGUUUUGAAGAAGUUAAAGUAAUAUUUGUGCUAAGGCAGGAAGCUGACCUAGGUUUUUGUUGUUCCUGUUUUGGGGUGCUUGACCCAAAUGGAUUUAUGUGAGUUUUCCUGAGUUUUGUGGUAUUAGAUACUGUUAUUAAGCAAGUUGACAGCUUGUGUUUGAAGACUUCCAAGAAGUGGUAUCCAAUGGCUUGUGAAGUUUUGAAGUCUGGCUGUCAUGUGUUUUUCUUCUGCCUGUGGAAUGUUACCUCUGGUGAACAGGGAACAUCUUCCCUACAUGUCUGUGGCUACUUCCCUACUGAGACUCUGAAUGGUGGCCAAGAGCAUGGAGAGGAAGGAGCAGUCAGUAGCUGGUCAUUCCCUCGAUGCAUCCUGUUGUCUCACCUGGCUGUUUAGGACAGCCUGUGUUUGAGCUGAUGCUGCUGUUCAACUUGAGCAAGUCUUCCAGGUUGUGCCUUUCUUUAGGAAGGGAAGGGUGCACCUCACUGUUUGGUGGAUGAGGAAGAAUCAGAGGUGCUGAGCAGUUGGAGUGGUGGAUUUUUUUUCUCACUCCUCCCACCCCUGGAACAGGUUUGAUUCCACUGGAUUCUGGUUUACUGCUGUGUCCUCUUUGGGCUGUGGCCCUCAAAAAGAUCUGAGGGUAAUGAACUUGAAAGACUUCACAGCUCCAGGAGCUGCUUGGGAGGGACCUGUUGAUAAGCCUGUUCAUAUGAUAAACAGGUUGGUGCUGUUGCUUAUGCUGGUACUCCACAGGUGCUCCUAGAGCACACUAAUACUAAGCCAUUUCCUGGGAUGGAUGGCCAAAAUUUGUUUCAGGUAGGGCUGCCUAAAUAAUAGUCUUUGUUUUGCAGGUUAGGAAGGAAAUGAGGGAAAACUUUAUUCUGUGUUGCUAAAGGUAAUUUUAAUUCCCAAGUCCCAUUUCAACAAAACAGGCAGUACCCCUGAAUGCAUCCUUAAAGCAAAGUACCAAACCUUGUACUUAAGUGUUUGCUUCAAAUCUGUUCUCCAUUUUUCAGAAGUCAUCUGGAAGUGUCCUAGUUCCUGAAAAAGGACUUUUUUGCUCAUGUUUGCAUUUUUAAGGGUAUCUUUAAAGGUACUCAUCUCGUUGAAGAGCUGAAGCCACCUCCUCCCCUUGAAGCUGGCACGGGAGGUUACAAAUUCUCAGCACUGUGGGACAUGUUGCAGCUGUUUUGAUUCUGACUGAAUGGUGUUUGCUGCAUCUCUCUGGUGGUUUUGGUGACACUGGGCCAGUCUGCAACACUGGAGCAUUGGUUAGAGAACAUGGGAUCUGGUAGUUCUGUAAAUGUCGAUUACAAGUACUCCCUGCAGAAGUCUGAAAAUGCUUUCAAGGCAGCUGUUCUGAUCCAGCAGUGGUAUCGGCGCUAUGUUGCCCGGCUGGAGAUGCGCCGCCGCUGCACCUGGAGAAUCUUCCAAUCCAUCGAGUAUGCCUGUGAGCAGGACCAGAUCAAGCUUCACAACUUCUUCAGUUACCUCAUGGAGCAGUUCACGCCAAGCAGCAGCAAAGAGAGGGAUUUUAUCAGUCGCAUGUUCAUAAGUGGAGAAAGCUACAAAGAGGCAGAGCUGGAAAAAUACUGUGACUAUGAAUCCAUAGAGGUGCCAGACUCUUACACUGGACCCCAUCUCUCUUUCCCACUCCUUCCUGACCAUGCAACUGCCUUGCUGGAAGCUUUCAAACAGAAACAACAGCUCCACGCUCGAUAUGUCUUAAACCUUCUGCAUGAGACCAGGAAGCACCUCAAGCAGCUGCCAAACAUCAGCCACGUCUCCACCUGCUACAGCGAGGAGGUCACUGUGUGUGGAGACUUGCACGGCCAGCUGGAUGACUUGUUCCUCAUAUUUUAUAAGAAUGGCCUUCCUUCCCCUUCCAAGUCCUACGUGUUCAACGGAGACUUUGUAGACAGAGGCAAACAGUCCCUUGAGGUCCUCAUCAUCCUCUUUACCUUCCUGCUGAUCUAUCCAAAGGAGGUUCACCUCAACCGUGGGAACCACGAGGACCACAUGGUCAACUUACGCUAUGGCUUCACCAAGGAAGUGAUGCAGAAAUACAAGGUGCACGGGAAGAAAAUCUUAAGGAUGUUCCAAAAUGUCUUCUGCUGGCUGCCCCUGGCCACCCUGAUUGAUCAGAAAGUCCUUAUUCUACACGGGGGCAUCUCUGACACCACUGACCUGGACAUGCUUGAGAAAAUUCAAAGGGACAAAUUUAUUUCUGUAUUAAGAAUGAAGAAAAGGAAAGAGUCCAAUAGAAAAGUGGAAAUGCAGGACAUAAACGGGGAGAGCAAAUCAGAGGCUGAUGCAGCAGGGCACGAGGCAGCUCCCAGGCUAUCUCUGCAGCCCCAGCCAGCCCAGGCUCCCAGCAUGGCCAACAGGCUGGAGUUCUCCAGGUGGAUCCGGCAGACGGUGCAGGAGCAAAUCGACACGUGCCGCCGGCUGGUGGACAUCAGCGAGUCGGAGCCAGAGGAGCUCACCUACUCCAGCUCAGUCUCCCUGAAGUAUGGGGAUGAGCCGUGCCAGCCUCAUCAGGAGGAGUGGCAGCAGAUCUUAGACAUUCUCUGGAGUGACCCUAUGCCUCAGGAGGGCUGCAGAGCAAACAAGGUGCGAGGUGGCGGCUGCUACUUUGGGCCUGAUGUGACAGAGAAGAUCCUUGAGAAGUACAACUUGCAGUUCCUUAUCCGCUCCCAUGAGUGCAAGCAAGAGGGCUACGAGUUCUGUCACAGGCGGAAGGUGCUGACCAUAUUUUCAGCCUCAAACUACUAUGAGAUUGGCAGCAACAGGGGAGCCUAUGUGAAGCUGGGACCAGACCUCGUCCCUCACUUUGUUCAGUACCAAGCAAACAAGUCGGCCCAUAUGCUCACUAUGACCCAAAGAAUCAGCAGAGUAGAGGAGUCUGCCUUCCGAGCCCUGCGGGAGAAGCUCUUUGCUCACACCUCUGCCCUCAUCAGUGCGUUCAAGGCCUACGAUGAGGACAACACAGGAAGGAUCACACUGAGCAACUGGGCAACAGCAGUGGAGUCAGUCCUGCGCCUGGGCCUGCCCUGGCGAAUGCUGAGACCGCAGCUGGUGCGCAGCACGGAGGAUGGCAUGCUGGAGUACAAAUCCUGGCUGGAUGACCUGGCCAUGGAGCAGCGGAGCCAAGAGCACAUCCAGUCAAGCCUGCUGGAAGUCAUUUACCGGAACAGAUCCAACUUGGAGACAAUAUUCAGGAUCAUAGACAAGGACCAUUCAGGUCUUAUCUCGUUUGAAGAAUUCCAGCAGACCUGGAAGCUGUUCAGCUCCCACAUGAACAUUGAGCUCACGGAUGAUGGCAUCAAUGACUUGGUUCGCAGCAUCGAUUUCAAUAAGGAUGGGAACAUUGACUUCAACGAGUUCCUGGAGGCCUUCCGCCUUGUCAGGCAGUGCCAGGCGUGAGAGCCCGCAGGAGGCUGUCAUGUCCAAUGCCUUCAUCUCUGAGCAGCCGGGACUGUGUC